AUGUCUGGCCAUAUCAAUAACCUCCAAGCAAAGAUGACUCGUACUAUUGGGUAUCCUACCAGUCCUCUCGUCAGCACUCAAACCAAUGCUCCGACCAACGCUCUAGUCAACGCCCCGGCCGGUGCUCCGGUCAACCCACCUGCCUCUCAUUACACUUUAAAUCAAUCCCAGGACCUUCAAGCCCGGAACUUAGAGCUAGAACAUGAAGUCCAGAAACUCCGUAGUCUUCUUACAGCAAACAUGAAGGAAGUAAGAGACGAGAUGGCUGUGGUACGGGAUUGCCUAAAAGCCACCCGAGAACACAACGCCAAGCUCCAAGGAGAGAUGGCGGCUCUAAAUAAGCCUCGACGACGCACCAACCUACGUAGGGAAAACGAGGAAUCGCGAGACAAGAUUGUGGGUCUCGAGGAGAAUCUCCGAAAUAUGAAGAAUGAGAAUGUACAACUUCGCGGGCUUCUCACGGAUGCCCACAAAGACCGAGAUGGGUGGAAACUACGCUUCGAGGAAGCACAGCACGAGAACGAGAACAUCCAGAACAGCCAAGCUUUGAACCAGACCAACUUUCACCCGACACCUCCCCAAAACAACGUGGGUGCUUUCGAACCAAUCCAGACACUUCCAUUCAUGAACGUCAACUUCAUGCCUCAAGUUCCUGUACACCCAACAGCACCUGCUAUGGCACCCGGUGUUGGAUUUCAGUAUGGCUCCGCCGCUCCAAUUUACAACUCACCUGAAUCAAUAAACGAGCAACAGCGUCGUGCGUCUACAGAGUCUAUAGAGCAACAGUUUCUUGCGCCCAUCGAGCCAGCCUCUGGUAGUCUCCAAGGCCUGAUUGAUCCAUCCAAUAUGCAUCUUCAGCCACCAUCGGAGAUAGAGCUACCAGACCUUGGCAUAGACUUUAACUGGGAAGUCGGUUCCCUGCAUGGCGACAAUCUAUUUGGAGAAGAUCCCGCGGCAAACUAG